AUGCCUUCCUUCAAGUCUCUCUUCACGAGUGCGCUGCUCUUGGCCCUCCCCUUGGCCAAUGCCCUGCCAAAGAAGACCAGCGACGUCUCCUUCUCCACCAACGAUGUCAUCAACAGCGCCGUUGACAAGGUCACCGACGUUGUGAGCAGCGGCAGCUCCAGCAUCUCCAGCUUCGUCUCCAACUGGGGUGCUGAGAACACCAUUGCCAACCGCUACAUUGUCAUGUACAACGCCACCUUUAGCGAUGAGGCUAUCAGCGCCAAGCAGGCCUACUUCCUUGGCCAGAUCCAGAAGCGCAACCUGAACAAGCGAAGCAUGGCCGGUCACAUGCUGUCGACCGACAUCCGAUCGUUCAAGAUCAAUGGCCGCCGUGGAAUGACCAUCGAUGCCGACGACGACAUGAUCAAGGAGAUUUCCAGCUCCGAUGAGGUUCGCCUUGUCGAGCUCGACGCCAAGGUCAAGUCCAACACCAUUCUCGGUCAGGUCAACGCUCCCGCCGGCCUUUCCCGCCUGUCUCACUCCACUGCUGGCCAGAAGGGUUACAUCUUUGAUGCCACUGCUGGAGAGGGUGUCACUGUCUACAUCCUGGACACUGGUGUCCGAACCAGCCACUCUGAAUUCGGUGGCCGCGCCACCUGGGGAGCCAGCUUCGUCACCGGCGAGCAGGACACUGACCUGAACGGCCACGGCACUCACGUUGCUGCUACCGUCGCCGGUACCACCUACGGUGUCGCCAAGAGCGCCAAGAUCGUCGCCGUCAAGGUCCUCAACGCCAACGGAGAGGGCAACAACUCCGACGUCAUCGAGGGCAUGCAAUGGAUCGUUAACGAGGCUGGAAACUCGAAGGGCAAAUCUGUUAUGAACAUGUCGCUCGGUGGCUCCUACUCCGAUGCCGUCAACUUGGCCAUCGAAAGUCUGAACAGUGCUGGCAUUGUCCCCGUUGUGGCUGCUGGAAACGAGAGCAAAGAUGCUGCCAACACAUCUCCCGGCUCUGCCCCCAACGCCAUCACCGUCGGCGCCAUUGACGCCUCCGACGACACCAUGGCCUCCUUCUCCAACUACGGCUCCGUCGUCGACGUCUUCGCCCCCGGUGUCUCCAUCCUCAGUGCCGGCAUCACCUCCGACACCGCCACUGCCACCAUGAGCGGAACCAGCAUGGCCUCCCCCCACGUCGCCGGCCUCGCCGCCUACCUCAUGGGCCUCGAGGGUCUCACGACCGUCGCCGCAGUCACCGACCGAAUCAAGGCCCUCGCCACCGGCUCCGGCUCCGCGGUCAGGAACGGCCACACCGGCACGACCACCCUGAUUGCGUUCAACGGCAACACCCUCACCCUGCCCUCGUCCUAA